AUGGGUUUUUACUUUCAGUCCAUGUGGAUCAUGUGGUCGCCGGUCUUCUGCCGGAUGCUUGAGGAGAUCAUGGAGCCCUUCCAAGAGGGAAUCCCGCUCCGAGCCGUGGCGGAGCUGCCAGGAGAUGGCGUGGCCUCGUACCAGUACGGCCAAGGCUUCUUGACCUCUCAAUGGACCUUCGAGCAGGCGAGCGCGAAGUCGGAGCGAAGCCGGAGCUCGGAGUCACCGUGGGGAGCUCGUGGCCAACAGCCAGGGCCGGUGAGGUCCGCGGUCGUCUACUGGACACGCCCGCCUGGAGCUCGAGUGGUCCUUUGGACGGCCGGUGUGGAUUUCCCCACGGUGGAGCCGGGCAGCCUGCUGAACAGGGAGCCUUUGGGGGGAAGUUCUGCCUUGCUCUUUGUGCAGGACAUGUUUUCCUCGGAGUUCGCCUCUGCCUGGCCGCUGUGGCGCGCAGAGCAGCUGCAAAAGCAGCUGGGAGGCAAACUGCUCGUAGCACAGAGCAUCACUGCUGAGAAGCGCGAACUCCUUCAGGAGUUGCGUGUGCCCGGGCUUGAGUGGCAUAGCUGGUCUGAUUGGGACUCUCAGGCUCUUUUGCCCAGCCAUCUUUGUGCCAGCGGGACGGAUCCUUGCGAGGGCUGCCGUCCAGAGGGGCUGUCGGGGGAGGUCUUGCGUCUCCGCCACCCACUGCUGCGGCGUUCCGAGGGCUGCCACGACUCCCCAGAAAUCCGGCGGCUGGUGGAGGAGCUCACCGAGUCAGUGCCAGAAAAGCAUUCGAACAGCGGUCCCGUGGGCGGGACUGGGGAGGAAGCUGCUUGGGAUGGUUUUGGGGUGGGAUGGGCGGAGAAAAGGCGAGACAAGUGGGUUUCCCUGAUUUUCCUCAGCUGCCUAAGAGUGGUUGCGUGUGAUUGGGUAAGGAGUUUCACGGAAGGACCUUGUGCAAGAUGGCGCAAGUUGUUGUUUGUAUUUUUUUUUGUUUUUUUUGAACCCGGUCGUGCGGGUUCACUUCGGAUGUUGGUUCGAAGUCUGACCUCGAAUCCUGCGGGCCUCGUGUGCAGAGAGAGAGAGUCAGCUGCUGCUGUAAUGCAUCAACUUGCACCUACUAGCAGGCAAAAGAGGAGGAAGGUAGUCCCGGUAUUCUCCAAACCCCCUUAG